GAAGUUUGAAUUUGAAGUAUUUUUAUUUUUAAAAACCACACUAAAAAUAAAAUAAGAAAUAAUUCCCAACUAAAAAUAAUGGAACCUGAAGUGAAAAAAGCGAAAACAACUCCCGAAAAUGAAACCGAAAAGAAAACUCCCGGUCCUGCCGAACCCACAUGCAAACAUUUUGUUAAAAGAAAGAAACGUUUCUGCAAAAUGACGGUUGCCAAAGGCAAAGAGUAUUGUGGCGAACACGAACCCCAAAUUGAAGACACCAACAUUGAUGGCAGUGAAGAAGCAGCCUCGCAAAAUGGACGAAUCCCUUGUCCGUUGGAUAGCAAACAUUCCGUUUACAAGAAGAACCUUCGGAAGCACCUCAAAAUCUGCAACGCAAGGCCAUUGGAGAAUGUCCCACCGUACAUAGUUCGUGGUGUGAAUUGUGGUGAUGAUGGGGAAAGCGAAAGUCCGUCAAGUGCGUGUCCAAAGCUGAACGAAGUUCCUUCGGAAAAACUGAAGGCUAUAAUUGACAAAGUCAAGGAACUCUUCACAAAUUACGUCGAUGGUCAAAUUAUUGAAAUGAAGCAUUCGCACGAUGUGUUGAAAGCUGAGCUGGCAAACGAGGAGUACGGCUUCGAGACUAGGAAGCACUUGAUCCAGACUUCGUCUCUACUUGGGUGUCUAGACGACAGUGGUUUCUUCAAAAAAUCUACGAGCUUCAUCGAAUUUGGAGCCGGCAAGGGGCAUCUUUCGUAUUGGUUGGCGCAGGCCUUGGCUGGCAAUGAGAAUUCAAAGGUCAUCCUUAUCGAUAGAAUGUCCCACCGUCACAAAAAAGACAACAAAAUCGAAGACCGCAACGUUGUCCAUAGAAUUCGCGCAGAUAUCGCCGACUUCAAAAUGUCCGGUCUGGAUUUACUCAAAGAUUCCGAAAUCAUUGUCGCUGUGAGCAAACACCUGUGCGGGGCGGCUACAGAUCUUACCAUUCGAUGCAUACUGCAGGACGAGACACAAAAAACCGAAGCAAUCCUGAUCGCUCUUUGUUGUCAUCAUCGCUGUGAAUGGAGACCUUUUGUGGGGAAGGAGUUCUUCCUCGAGAACGGCUUGGGGCCAGAGGAGUUUGCUCUGAUAACUAAAAUGGCCAGUUGGGCAAUAUGUGGAACUGGCUUUAGUAGAGAACGCCGAAAGCUAAUUGACGAGGAGCCGCUGAAUGAGGACACAAAUGUUGACGACGUUGCAGUGAAGGAGCGGGAACAAAUAGGUUUGCAGUGCAAACGAGUGCUGGACUACAGCAGAGUCGUGUACUUGAGGAAGAACGGAUUCGAUACUUCGUUGCGUUCGUAUGUGGCCAAAGAUGUGACGUUAGAGAAUAUUUGUAUUGUAGCUUUAAGACCAAAGGUGCAAUAAAAGUUUAUUUAUUAUGGA